AUGCUACUUUUUGUGUUCAUUCUAUGCACUGCCAGUCAACUUUUUACUCUGAGAGUAUCUUGCAUGCCAGUGAUGGACCAGGGGCCUCACAUUACCCACGGCUGGGGCCAGGUGGUUCGGCAACGCCAUCUGUAUGCUGCAAAAUCUGGGCUGCAUCUACUUAUCAGCGAUGAUGGACAGAUUCAUGGUUCAGCAGAUCAAACUCUUCACAGCCUACUGGAGAUCCGACCCGUCGGUCCGGGACGUGUUGUGAUCAGAGGAGUGGCGACCACACGGUUUCUCUGCAUAGAGAGCGACGGCAGACUGUACUCAUCGGAAACUUAUGCCAAAGCUGAUUGCACCUUCAGAGAGCAGAUCUUGGCCGACGGAUACAACAUCUACACCUCUGAUGGACACGGAGCCCUCCUCAGCUUAGGAAACAGUCAGCAAAGACUCCAUGGCUUAGACCACGGCGUUCCAGCUCUGGCUCGCUUCCUUCCCAGGGUAAACACCCUGCAGCAGACUGUCCCCACGGGGCUUCAUGUCCCCGAUCAGCUCAUUUCAGAGCAAACAGAGGAGACUGUGGACACAGCAGGCUUAUUUGGAAAGCCCUCUCAGAUCAUUCACAGCCCCAGCUUCCACAAGCGAUGAGGCAGCAGGUCUGAGGCAGCUGUCAGGCGACGUGUCCAGGGAUGUCCAAGCGCUACCUUGUGGACAGACAAGAGGUCCAGCCUUUCAGCACAAAGACACUGGAUCAGACUUUCCAUCCAGAGAAGUCUGACACCAGAGAGAAGUGCAGCCCUCCACCAGCUGAACCAACGGAGGGAAACCUGCAUGGAGAGGAACGUUUGCCUCUGGAGUAAACACUAUGGAUGGAUGGCUGGGAAAGGCAAUGAACUGCCCAACAUGCAUCCAUCUGAUUAUCAUGGAUUCAGAGCCAGGCGUGAAAAGCAAAGCCACUGACAUGGGAGGACAAUGACACGUCUGAUGAACUACAGAGGAGGAGAAUCCUUCUUUAGGAUGUUCGCUCCUUUUAAAGCCCCUUCAGAGACUGUGAGAUAGUAGGCAACAGGCCGCCCAGGUUAAAGUGGUGUUGUUUAGAUAUGUUUAUAUUUAUUUAGUUAUUUAAAUAUUGUCAGUUUUACACUUCAAUGUUUACCUCCAUUUUUACUGGUUUUGUAAACAUUUCCAAUAAUGUAAGUGGUUAAAUAUGUUUUUGGAUAAAUAAAGAAAAAAUAUCAUUAAUACUGAAUAUGAGCAUUUUAAACUAAAAUGACAAAACUAUGUGAGAUUAAAAAAACGUACGGUGAAUUUCCAGAAAUGAUCUUUAGUCCACAUUGUCAGCCGUUGAAAAUACAUCAGACAUACAAUUUAAGAUGUCUUCAUAAUCCACAAAUGUUGGACACAUCAAAGCAAAAAAUAGCCCAGAAAAUAAAGCAUUCCUUU